UGAGGUAAACUAAAAUUUAGGAGAAAACUUUUAAUUUCAUGUGGAAAAAAUAGUGUGGUUUUUGAUUUCUCAAUAUAACUAUUUAUAUUAAUAAAUGCUAGAGUUGAUUAGCGCGAGCGGUGAUUUUAAUUCAGUGAUUUGUUUGUUGCUUGCAGUGAGUUGUUAAUUGUUGUGACUAUUUGAGAUUUUUUUAAAUAAAAACUGCUAGAAAAAUGGGUAAUGUUUUAUGUCGACAUAAAAAUUCACCAACUACGUCACCGGGUACAAAUGGUUUAGCUACUAAUCAACAUUCAACAACCCAUACAUCGACAUCUAGUUUACGAACACCAUUUGAUAGGAUUAUUUCACGUGUACAGCUUUGUCCUUCAUCAAUACAUAAUCGACCCGAUCAUAAUAAAAAGAAUUGCAAUAAAUGCGAAAAUAGCAAAAAAGAUUUCAAAUCUCAAAAAAUAACCAAACAGCAAAUCCAACAUACGGGACUCAACAAUGAAAAAGAAAUCAAAUUACAAAAUCAAAAUACACCUGCAAAUAACGAAUGGCAAGAUGUGAAAUUAGAAGCAGCCAGUUUACAAGAAAUAAAAAGUAUAUUCGCCGAUUUAAUAAAUCCUCAUACACCAAUCCCCCCACCACGACGUCAUCGUCAAAAACUCAUCGAGCAAACAUACAAUGAUAUAUACAGCCAUAAAGAACCUGUUUACGAAGAGCCAUGCACAAAAGUUAUCAAACGUAAACAUGUUUGCAAAAUUGACGAAGAUCGUUUUUAUAAGCAACAUGUUAAACAUCAUUCAACUGUUUCGUUGCCGAAUAUCAACGAGCUACAAUUAAGUAUCGCGAAAGAAACCGAAGACGAAGAUGACGUCACUGUUCAGUUUAAUGAAAAACAGCGUAAUGUUGAAGAGAAUAAGAAAAUUGGACGUUUAGAAAAUUAUAUGAUGCGAUGUCGUAGUUUUGGUUCUUUACUUCCAAAUAAAUUGGUUGAUAAAUUAAAAUUAAGUCGAAGAAUUAACUCGGAAACAGCGGAAAGUGAUGAUUCAUGGGGUGGUCUUGAAGAUUGGGAUUUAGGAGUGAUCGAACAUUAUAAACCACAUGAUAAUAGUUUACCACGUCCGGUCAACAAAAAUAAAUUAAAUGAAUUAUACAAACCGAUUCCACCGGUACGAAAAACGGAUUCAUUACUACGAAAACAUCGUAAAGAUAGUGGUCUGGAUAAAAAUAUGGAAAAUGAACAGCGUAAUUCAGCAAUGAAAAUUAUUGAUAUACCAACAGAUAUACUAAAUGAAACGAAAAAUUUAAAUAAUACGAAUUAUGAAAGUGAAAAAUUAACUGAUAGUAAAAAUCAGGAAAAUGCUAAACGUAAUUCUGAUGCUAUAAAUGAAUCGAAAUUGGUAAAUUACGAAAACGAAACGAAAAUGUCGAUAGAGAAUAUUACAGAUAGUAAAAAUUUCGAAAAUUUUAGACGUAAUUCUUCUGAUUUAAAACCAUCCGAAAAUUUAAAACCAUCGGAAAAUUUAAUAGAUGGUAAAAAUCAAAAAGAGGAAAAUACUGAUUUUAGAAUCACCGAUGAUAAACUUGAAACACUUGAUAGUGUAAAUAUUUGUGUUGAGAAUUUUAAGCCGACUAUAUGCUUUGAGGAAAAGAAACGUAUCACAAACACACCACCUCCUACACCAGAAAUUUUGAUACCCACAGUAUCGCCAACAUUUAUUGAUACACAGUCAAGUGAUCAUUCAACUUUGAUGAAAUUAAUCACUGAAAUAAGAGCCAGUAAUGAUGAUUUAUCAAAUCAAAAUGAUAAUGAUACAAAAAAGGAACCGGAAUUCCAACAAGUAUCGUUAUCAGAUAUUUUAGAAAUGCCAAAAAAUGUUGAAAUAGUUACGAAAGAUUUAAUAUCUUCUGCUAAUGAUAGUCACGAACAGCAAAAAAUUAAUUCUUAAAAAUUAUAGGGAUACCUAUUUUUUGUUUUUUUUUUUUGAAAAAAUGUACAAAUAGAAUAUUAUUAUUGUUUUAAUUUUAGGGUCCUUUGUUGCGAGGCUAUUCAUCAAUCACGUCAUAAACUGCGAUCUGCGAAUGUCACGUUUUCUUCUGGAUCCUCCCCCCGUCAUAUUUCGUCACGCUAAGCAAUACUCCCUCUUCCUUUUGCAAACUUUAUUUUAUGAAUGGCUCCUAUUCAAUGUUUUUAACGUCCGAACCAAACAAGAGGUGUUAUAAAUUUGACCGCUAUAUCUGUCUGCCAGGCUAAUUUAAUGGAGAGUGUUCUUAGCUAUGUUUCAAGUGCGAGUUUAGGGUUCCGUAUCCGGGACAACUAAAAAAUAGGCGAUGAUCUUUAAAAUCGGUUCAGUUUGGAGAAAUCUCUAAGGAAAAAGUUAAUUUAAUGGAGAGUUUCAAUUGCCAGUUUAGGGUUUCUUAGCCCAAAAAUUUGUCGGAGGUUUUUUAAAUUUUAUAAAUUUCACUUGUUUUUCAUAAACAGCAUUUAUUUUGAAUUUUUUGCCCGGCUAGAUCAUUGCUAAUUGCCAACAUUUUUUUGACAUCACUGGCUUACCAGUUAAUUUCUCUGUGAGAACUUUUUCCCAUAAAGAGAUGUAUAAUCAAGCAGUGCCAAAGUGCAGAUCAAACUAAAUCAUCGCGACUUAAUCGCUUCUGUAAUUACUUCAUGCAAAAUUUAAACUUUUUCGACUCCUUCAAACUUCCUCAAAUAUAACGUCACAAUUAAGGAAUAAAGUGCGAUCUGCGAAUGUCAUUCUUUUGCAGUUAUAAAAUAUGUACUCACUUUGUUAUGUCACCGAAAACUAAAACUCAACGUUAACAUGGCAGCGUUUUUGUGUCUAGGUGAGGUUGCCUCUUUGUCAGUUAUACUUUUACGCAUGCCCACAAAAUAUGAAAUGAAUUAAUACUUAUAUUUUUUUAAGUGGGUCAUCGUAGAGACCCGUUCCAUUACCUUAUUUUAAAUGUUUUCGAAAUAGAUUUGAAUCGAAUUUAUUUUAAAGUAAAAAGCUUCUCAAAUAUUUCUUAAGUUUAAAUCCAUUCUUUAUCUCACUUUAUGUUUUUAAAUAAAACUUGAAGUGAGACCACAAUAUACAUUGUUUUUUUUUCUUGCAAGUCUGGAAGGCAGCUUUGGCAGCUGUUUCCUAUCGUUAUUUAAAAGGAUUCUCUCCUGUGUUGUUGAUAUUUGUAAUUUUUGAUAGUAUUUUUCUUGUAAAUUUUGUACGUUAUCCUAUUUUCUUUUUCUUGUAAAAUAGAUUUAACAGACUUUAGCUAGAGUAGAUAAAGUCUUUCUUAUAGUAGGAUUGUCAAAUAUGAUAUAUCAGAAGGCAAUUUUUUUUUUUUUUAAUUUCAAACCUUAUAAAAUCAAAUUCAAGAGAUUUUCGAAGGCAAAAAAUGAUGCAGCAUGAAAACCAUGCGUAGAACUACAAAAAUCAACCUUGAAACGGUGAAAAUUAUAAAAUAGACAAUAAAUAACUGCUCUAGCCUCCCUCCUUGUAAAUUGUUAAAAAUUUAAUAUAUAUUUUUUG